UUCCACUACCACUGCCCCCCAUACACCAGCCACCAUCCCCCCAUCCCCCAUGGCGAGAGAGAGAAAGACACUCACCUUCACAGCUCUGGACAUCCCCGGGAACGAGAGCCGGACUGUGCAUACACCGUCUUGAAACCCGCAGCCUCUAUCAGAACCCACCAGGUCCCCAUGCCGCGUGUGUCCCUUCUGCCCCUUCUUCUGAGGGGCAGUGCUGCCCCUCCUGAAAAAUGCCAUCCUAGACAAAUGCCUUGUUUGCCUUGUGGUAAAUACACCAUU